UUCCAAUUAGUGAAAAAAAGAGAAUUUCUAUUAGCGGUGCUUUACUAAUCACCGUGCUCCUGCAAAUCGAUCCUCCACUAUCUGGCGGGGAAAGAAAAACCCUACGAGCUCGCUCAUCUCUCUCUCGUCGAUCGAACGAAGAUUUUUCUCGCAGGUGCGAUAAUCGAAUCAGAGUUUUGGCUUUUCGGAAGCAUGAGGACUCGGAACUCCGAAACCCCCAAAUCCGCGGCGGCUAAGAAGGCGGCGGCGGCGCCCAAGACGACGCCGAAAUCCGGAGGGAGAUCCGGGAAAGGCGGCGGCGGCAAGCAAGCGACGCCGAAAUCAGCCGCUUCGGCAGAGCCCAACCCCGAGCAGAAAGUUGAGGAAGUGCCUGCCCCGUCGGGUGAGAAGAAGCCGGCAGCGGCGGCGGCGGCGAUGGCUUCUCCAGCGAAAUCCCCUGCGAAAAAAGCUGCUGGGAAAGUCAAAUUGGGUACAGCGAAGGCUGCGGCAAAGGCUGAGGAGAAAGCGUGCGAGGAGGAAGCGAAGGUGGAAGUGGCUGUGGCAGAGGAAGCGAAGGUGGAAGCAGUGGUGACAGAGGAAGCGACAGAGGAAGUGAAAGAGGAGGAGGAAGCUCUUAAGGAAGCGGGGGAGGAGGAAUCAAAGGAGGAAGCCGAGGAGGAGGACAAAGUAGAGGAGAUACCAGAAAAGGGCACUUCUGCUCAUGCAGAUAAGAAUGAUGAAACAGAAAAUGGUCCUUCCAGUAAUGAAGCGAUGGAUAUAGAAAGACUCCAAGAAAUGGAGGAGGAGGAGGUAGACCCUGAAGAAUUCGAGGAGCCUAUUGAAGAGGAGGUCAUGGCUGAGGAGGAAACAAAAGAAGGAGAAGGGGAAGAAGGGGAGGGAGGAGGAGGAGAAGAAAGUGCGAAGGUUGAAGAGGACGAGCAGAUGGAGAUAUCGGACAUGGCGAAGAGGAGGCAGUUGAAGAAAGAGCAGGAGAUAUUUAUUGGUGGGUUGGAUCGGGAUGCUGUGGAGGGGGAUAUAAGGAAGGCGUUUGAGCCUAUUGGAGAGGUCGUUGAGGUCAGGCUUCACAAAGAUUUUGCGACUAAUAGGAAUAAGGGGUUUGCAUUUGUGAAGUUUGCGAGUAAGGAACAAGCAGCUAGGGCACUCGCUGAAUUGAAAAGUCCUGUGAUACGUGGUAAGCGCUGUGGCAUUGCUAGAAGCGAAGACAACGACACACUAUUCUUAGGCAACAUUUGCAAUACGUGGACAAAGGAGGCUAUUAAAAGGAAGCUGCAAGAUUAUGGGAUAGAAGGAGUUGAAAGUAUCACUCUUGUUGCGGACACCCAAAAUGAGGGUCUGAGUAGGGGUUUUGCUUUCCUCGAGUUCUCUUGCCAUGCUGAUGCAAUGCUUGCUUACAAGCGUCUGCAGAAACCGGAUGCUGUUUUUGGGCACCCAGAGAGGACUGCAAAAGUUGCAUUCGCGGAGCCAUUACGUGAACCGGACCCAGAAGUCAUGGCUCAGGUUAAAUCUGUCUUUGUUGAUGGGUUGCCACCAUACUGGGAUGAAGAUCGUGUCAAAGAGCAGUUUAAAGGGUACGGUGAGAUAGAGCGUGUUGUGCUUGCUCGCAAUAUGUCCACUGCCAAGAGGAAUGACUUUGGAUUUGUAAACUUCACUACUCAUGAAGCAGCUGUUGCUUGCAUUGAAGGCAUAAAUGACACUGACUUGGGGGAUGAUGGCAGGUCCAAGACGAAAGCACGAGCUAGGCUUGCCAAUCCUUUACCCAAAACUCAAGCUGUAAAGGGUGGGAUGAGUGGUGGGUUUCGCAUUGGAUACUCUGGAGGUGGUUUUAAUAGGUUUGGUAGAGGAUUUGGUAGGGGCAGGUCUUUCCCAAAUCGGGCAGGAUUUCAUGGCAACAGAGGUUUCAAUCUACAUGGACGCGGUAGAACUGGAAGGUUUAUCGCUGAUAACAGUUUUGAAAAUUCGAGUUUUAACUUCCAAGGGAGGCGGCCAUUUGGUUUUCGAGGAGGUAGAUGGGGUUCAGGGUCAGGGAGACGUGGUGCCUUUGAUGGAGGGUGGGGGAGAGGAUUUCCACCAAGAAGGCCACAGUUUCCACCACAGGGUGAUUUUGGCAGGCAUUAUGGUGCUACCCAUCUGGGGGAAGAUCCAUAUUUCUAUGGAGAUUUUAGCCAUGGUGUCAAGCGGCCAUUUUCAGCUAUGGAAUACGAGUCCAGUUAUUUGCAGCCUUCAAGAGUACGUCCUCGUUUUGAUCAUCCUGACCCAAUGUUGGGUGGAAGCCAUUAUCGAGAUUCGCUAGGAAUGGGUGGCAUGUAUUCACGUGAUUACUUUGGUUCAGAUUAUGGAGGUAGCACAUACUCAUCUAUGUACAGGGGUGAACACUCUGGCAGUGGCUACUACUAUUAGAUGUGACUUAUGCACGGAUGAUGCUUCAGAAGGCGAGUUCUCUAAACAAUUGGAGUUAUCUUUCUUUUGCCAAUGCAAUCGUCUAAUAUUUAAACUUUGAUAGCUAGAUUUUGAAGUAGUGGGUUUUUCUUGUCAUUUUCUUUUAAUUAAACCCUAAAAGUAGGUUCGUAAGUAUUGUAUGUGGAUGUAGUUGGGCAAUGCCUUUUCUGCUAAAGACGAUUGGAAGUACUUUGUAUAAUUUCAGUUGAAUGAUCUCAUUAUCAGAUGUAAAGCCCCUUGAGGUUGAGGCAGGGAUAAAAUCUGUUACUUCUAAUGAAUAAUCUGCCCUCAUUUGGUGAUAUAUGGACUUCCUAUUUGCUGGAGGUGGAGUUUAUGGUUCUGUUGUUUUGACGGAAAGAUUUGACAAGUUAUUCAUGAAUAAAUGAGAGAAAAAGCAGAACAGUAUAAUCAGUUUCUGAUCCAAAAUGAAUUGAUGAAACAGCAAGGAGAUGUGAGAACUAAUGGUUUCAUAACAGGAUAGUUAGUUGUUGAUAUUCUUUUCCUCAUUUGUUUGGCUUUGAUACAGUAAAUCUUUGGAAUUAAUGGAUGCUCUUCAUCGAAGAAAUUUUUUUGCCCUCGAUGUUUUUACUGGGGAACUGGAAAGUCCAAUUGAAGUUGAUGUAAGUUGCUCUUAUGCCUGGAGGCAAAUAUAUAUUGUCAGAAGGAUGCUUAUCUUUUAUUUGUUUCCAGUGUUUCAAUCUGGGUGAUGUUGGAAGAAUUUUUGAGGUUUGAUAAGUUUAACUGUAUUUUAUGAGCUGCUUUCUUUUACUAAGCUAAAAGCAUUGUAGGACGAAAAUGGAAAAAAAUGAUGGGAUUCAACGAAGAUAGCUUAUUGGUGAUCUUAUUAACUGUUUAUUACAUACUGAUUUCUGGUUAUGGACUGGUGAACUAUGAAAAUCCUGUAUUGACGUUAGUUAUGGCUAGUGUGAUGUGCUCCGUGAUAUAUGUACAAAAUGAGAAACUGGUUUGAAUGGUCGUUUUGAAAUGUAAAAUGGACAAUUGCAUAUAUUGGCUUAGAGGGUUGAAUUCUAUUUCAAUUCAAUUUUGGCCAAAAAUUUGUAUUUGAUUGGAUGCUAAUCUGAAUUAUCUUCUUCGGUCUUUGUGAGUGAUAUGGAGGUAUAUUAUAGGAUUACUUAAUGAAGCUUCGUACUGGUAACCAUAGUUUGUGUAAUCAGUAAGUCAGAACACAUUAUUAGUAGCAUGUCAGUGCUUUUUUUUGAUCCUUUUAUUUCAUUAUAUACCACACUACAAAGAAGAUGUUGAAGUUUCAGAACCAAAAUAUUGGCCUUUGACAGGUUCAAGAAUAGCAUGUUUGAAUAUCUGCUGGAAUAUAUAUGUCAUGGCGUGCAAUAUAGCAUGUGAAUUGAUGUUCAGUUAGAGCCAAUUUUACUGAGAUUUUGGGUUUUCGUAACUAAAGGGUUCAGUCAUAAACUUGGUUUGAAUAGGAGGCCCCAGUUUUGAAGUCGAUAGAAAGACAAGCAUGGAUUUAUAAGCGAUCGAAUUUUAAAAUGCCUGAAUAUUGUCUGCAAAAACAAGACAGGAAAUAGUAUAGUGUUGAUAGAAAGAUUGAAGCAAAAGGGAGAGGAGAGAUGACAUACUUUCUUUUUUGUGUUUUAUGAAGUUUCAAUUUACUCCUAUUAUCUAUUUCUUGAUAUUUUGCGUAGUUGAACUUUAUCAAGUUUCUAAUUCUUAUUUUUUGCAUGAACUUCACAUGGAAUAAUAUUGGUUGCGUAGUAACAAGUGGAGUUAAUAGUUAAGCUAGUGAACCACUGACAAAGUUUCAAACCUUACUUUGUGUUCAUAGUGUCUGUCACCUGCCAUCUGCUUUUUUCCAUGAAUACUUCUAGCCAAUAUGCAACUGCCAGGCAGUUUUCUGAUCUGAUAAUGGGAUUUUUGUUUGAAAAAUAUCAUUGCCAUAUUUUUUUACAGAAAUAUUGGCUUGUUCUUGUAACUAUAGACUUUUGCUUGCCUUCUCUUCUGUCUUUUCCUUCUUUAGAGAUAGUUGUAAGUUUAAUAUAUAUUGUACACGCCUUUUAGUAGGUUACGAAUUUGCGAUGGCUAAUUGAGGAAUCGGACUUUUAUGCUCAUGAGAAAUUUAUCACGCAGUUAUGCUAGAACAUAUUUUUAUAGCAGUUCCUUCUAAAUUGUAUAUGUAAAUGGUAUAACAUAAUUGUAAUUGUUGAGUUGUCAAUUCUAUUUUAGCUAAUUUUCUGCAAGUAUAUAUAUGUGCCUAGGAAACUCAGUUAACAUUAGAAGUUAUCUUAUUUCUAUUAGUUAGAUGGCAAUAUCCCAUUUUAUGUGUUUUGUUCAUAAAACUCAAGUUAUCAUUUGAAGGGAUCUUACUUUUAUGGAGAUGGUAUUGCCCCAUUUUAACUGUGUUGAAGAUCUUAGAUUCUUGUCACGGCAAUUGCUGAGGUUACUAUUAAUUGUCUUGUAUGUUUUGAGUUGGACACGAUAUGAAAUAAAUGGGUCUAGAUUUACCUUAAGUGGGUUUGUCUCUGCCUGAUUAUGAUAGGAAAUUAUCUUGUUGUGUUUCACGAGUUGAUUUGCCAACACAAAAACAACAUGAUUAUGACACAACAGAGAAGGUAGGUCAAGUUGACACAACAGAUAGACAUCUGGAGCUUUGCUGGGGUAAGAACCUGAAAUGAGCUUUCCAAUCCUAGUAAUGAAAGGUCCAAUUUGAAGCUUAUGCUUCUGCAGCAGCAUCAAACUGUUACAGAGGAUAUCACUGGAAAAGCUACUAGUGCUUUUUUAAAUGGCUCUACUCAGUAGCAUUUUCCAAGUAGCUCCAGUGAGACCAAACAUGGCCAAAGUAGAAAAUUCAAGGAUUAAGUUGCAAUAUUGGGGAGGUAGAACUAUUUGAUACAUUUUACCCUUUUAGUGAUUUGUGAUCACUUAGUAGAAGAUGGGUCUAAUUGUGAUACCUUUCUUCCAUCCAAUUGCGUAGUCAUGUUCCAGCGCUGCCGUGCUGUGCUUGCAAGGAUUUUAAGAAUAGUUACAACUGUUGUUGUUUUUCUUUUCUUUUUGGCAUAAAUUUGGCAUUAACAUGGAUUUGUUGAUUCAAUCUAGAUUUAGUCAUUUUUCGCUGUUACUUCGCUAACAUUAUGCUCACAGAUAUAUUUAAAAUCCCUGAAUAUUGAAUAAGUACUAGCUAUUUUACUCUCUCUUUUGUGCAAGUUUGUUGCAGCUACAUUUACUGCCGAAUGUUUUUUGUUAUUCCAAGCACCGGACAAGACAGGUGAGUGAACUACAUAUAAUUGGUAACAUGAAUAUAAAUAAUUAGUAGCAAAGUAUUGCGACUUUUUUACUAAAAGCAUUAAAUCGCACUAUUUUUCUGAGAGUGAAAUGCUUCAUUUGGUUCAAGACACUGGAGAAAGGUAAGUCAGGUAAGUAGACUUCUACUAUAUAUAAUUUUAUCAGUUUUAAUUGUUAUGUAGCUACAUAUUUCAGGUGUGCCUGCAUAGACAUUGAAAUGCAACAUCAAGGCAUAAUAUUAUGCUGCAAUGAGCUGCAAGUUGGGCUGGAUUUUUUUUUUUUCAUUUUUCUUUGGAUUUCAAAUGAUCCAUCUGAUAUUUGGGUAUAAUCUGUUUGUGAAGCUUUCAUUAUUUUGUUGCUAAUGCUUAAGUGAAUACGGUAACUAUGUUAAGCUAAGCUCUUUUCUUGAUACAACUGUUAAAUCUUAUGGCUCUCUCUUUGUA